GAAUUGUCAAAGUCGUCCAACAUAACGGGUUUUAAAACCCCAAAUAAAAGUCAGCGUUUGAGGAUAUUUUAACUAAAAAAUUGCCACAGUUUGCUUAAUUGCAGUUUAAUUAUCUUAAUUAAAACACUGAUGGUCCAUCUCGUGAAACAAACGACGUCAAAUCUGGUAUUUCGUAUAAAUUAAAAGUGCAAUUAGUUUUUAGAUUUUUGCCAAAAAAAUACCAAUGGGGUCAGAAAGUGAAGAAGUGCUUGUGGAAGAUUCAGAUGAUUCCUUACUUGACAUUAGAGAGCUAAAUGAUUUGGAAUUCGAUAUUCCAUCCGUGGCCGCUCCUUCUUUGGAAAGUGUCCUCUGGGACAUGGAAUCAGAAGAAGGGAGUGACAGUGCCUCAUUGCACUCAUUUCAAAGUCUUACAUCAAAAUUUAGGUCUAUGUUAUCUCAUAAGAUCUUGCAAGGAGUCUCUACACAAGUAGCUUCAGCGGGGGAACGUGUCGGUGCUGGCUUGUCGACUGUAAUAACAAAUAGUCUGAAAUACGUAGCAAUAGGGACUUCCCACGGAUACGUCUUAAAUUUUGAUUCAGAACAGAAUCUUUGUUGGUGUUGUUACGACACCAACUCUAGUAAUCAAGGGGCUGUGUCAGCUUUAGCCUUUAAUCUUGAUUCUACAAGACUACUUAUCGGAUACGAGCGUGGCUUUAUUUCAAUGGUAGAUGCAACCAGUGGCGACAUAAUUAGAAAAUUACCCGACGCUCAUGCCCCCCAAACCGUCGUCUUACAUUUGCGUUUCACUUAUUUGAACAAUUUGGCUCUUUGCGGCGACUCUUCAGGUUGCGUUUUUUCUCUUUCAUUUAAUCGCCGCUUGGGCGUACGCAGUUGGGACUCGAAAUGCCUUUUUUCCGGCGCUCGCGGCGAAGUUUGCAUCUUCGAACCUUUAGUCCAGGGCCACGAUAUUAAUUUUUUAAGCCACCAUGUUCUUGUUGCGAUGGCCACUUUAUCCAAGGUCAUAGUGAUAUCAAUUCGGCCACGGCUAAAAGUCCUUUUCAGUCAGCCGCUACCGAGAGUUUCAACCUCCCUCCCGCUCAUUUCGUGGCAGUUGGUGUCGGUGGGACGAACGUUUCAGCCCGUGCUCGCUUGGGGGCGCUGUAACGAAUUGAACUACACGCGAGUUGUACUCCAUAAUACUAAUAAUAAUCGACUCAGACUUCUCCCCUUGAGGAACGUUCAUUUGAACUACACUUUGACUGCCAUGCAUUGGUUGGGGACUCGUCACUUGGCUUUACUUGACAGUAACGAGAAUUUGAGACUGGUGGAAGUGAGAACAAACCGAGAGUUGGAAGUUUUGGAGUUGGCCAAUGCUGUACUUGUUUAUAAUUCGGCUCAUUUUAAAGCCUUAGCUAUCGGAGGGGGCGUUAGUGAGGCGUUUGCACUGGCAGGGGAGAGGGCUUGUUAUAACAGUUUGUCUAGUCGAGGAGAUCAAUUACUAAUUUUGGGUAAAAAGGCUGUGCAUUUAAUUAAAUUAAGGACGUGGCCGGAACGACUUUUGUAUCUCAGUGAACAGGGGAGAUGGGCAGAGGCACUCAAUUUGGCCGCUGAGGAGGGCAUGAAUCGGGAAAUUUUCACGUCAAGUCUUCUAAAAAAGUACUUGGAAAACCUCAACCAAAAUACUGUGGAUAAAGACAGCUUAACGGCGGCAGUCAAUUGCUGCGUUAAAUUGAAUAAAACUGACAUCCUCUGCAACGAACUUCUAGAAGCAGUUUCAAGUGACCAAAGCAAUCAAGACUGGUAUUACACUCUUCUCACGGAUCAUAUAAACAACGGUUUAUUAACAAAUAUGAGUCCACAAGUGGCUCAAACUUUAGUAGAUUAUUUAGAGAAAAAAGACGCCCAAGUAUUAGAAAACGUUCUCUUGUCGCUCGAUAUUACGUGUUUAGACCUACACCAAGCGUUGAGUAUUUGCAAAAAACGCAAACUUUACGACGCUUGGAUUCACAUAACGACAAAAACAAUAGGAGAUUACGCGAGUCCUUUGACUGAGUUUCUAGCCGAGUUGACGCUGGAUAACCACCGAUUAGGGAACACAAUUUUGGUUUACGUAUCUUCAUGCCUAGCUGGUCUAGGUUACCCUAGCGGACACAUCCCUGAAAAAGACAUCCCAAGGGCCAAACACGAAGUUUUGCGCUGUUUGGAGACAGUUCAUUCAAUAAAAGGAUCAGAGAAUGAGCCUACUUAUCCCUAUUUGCGCGCCUUACUCAAGUACAAUACUCGGGAGUGUUUGAACGUGGUGGGAUUGGCGUUCACCGAAGCUGAAUUUUCAGGCGAAAUGGGGCUUUUGCAGCGACAGAGACUUGUGCAAAUACUCAUGCAAAUCGUCGUACCGCCUGAAUUUUCAGCGAGUCAGAUUAUUAUUUUAGCGUGUUUUAUAGUUCGAUUAGUUACGUCAAAUAAUUUGAACAUUGAUGAGGGAAUGCUGGAUACGGUUAUAAAGUCAUUAACGGAUUUUGUUGACCAGCCGUUAAGCAUGCGGGAUCAUAGUGAGCGGGAACAAGCUUGGUUAGAUCUACUUAACGCCGGUAAAUUGAAAUAUUUGUCAAACGAGGAUUUGCUACAUUUAGCGUUGGAGUCAAAGUGUUACCGAGUGGCUGAACAUUUGUACGAAACCUUGAAAGAUUAUUCCAAUAUCCUCGUUUGUUACUUAAGAGACCCUGUGCGCAAAUCGGACGUUUUUAAUUACAUCUUGAAUUACAUAACUGAUAAAGAACGUAGCGUCGAGGAACAAUUCGUAGUCAAUUUCCGUGAUUUGGUCGCGACUGAUAGCAAAAAAACCAGUGAAGUGGUCGUUGAACACUUCCCCGAGCUGAUAGUACAAUUGAGCGAAAUCGUCGAUUCUGCCCCCGAUUUGCAAUACGCAUUUCUCAAAGGGGUAGCCUCGAGUGACAUUAAACUGCCCCCGCAACUCGCUGAGAAAUAUUUAGAACUUUUGUGUGCGAAAAAUCCGCGAGGAGUGUGCAGUUACAUCCAACUCGGUUCGUGUCGAAUCGACAAAGCUUUAGCCAUCACGAAGAAACACGAAGUGCAUGCAGCCACGGCCCUGUUAUUGGAACAAGGGGGUGAGUGGAUGGACGCCUUGCAGCUUUUACUGCAACAUGACAUGAUCGACGAAGCUGUCAAUUUGUGUAUCCGGGGGGCGGAACAUUUAGACUCAGAAGGGGCCCAAAAACUCUGGCUAGCGUUAUUGCAACAUAACAAAAGUACGAGAACUAUGUCUUUGAGGCAGUUGUUACACGCGGCAGCCCCGCAUGUACCCCCUGCACAACUUCUGAAUCUAGUCUCCAAUGCGAAUUUUGGCGAUGUUAAGGUUUUGCUACAAGGGAUGUUGAUUGAUUAUGUCCACGAUGUGCAGAUGUUUAGCACGACUUUGAAGUUACUCAGCAGGGAUUUGCACCAUGAGUUGGCAAAAUCGUUGUGUUUGAAUAGUCGGGGAAUUUCCGUGACUAGUGUUGGAUGUAAGUUGUGCCAGAAACCGUUGGUUUUUCGCCAGGAAUUGGGGGGCGAACAGUCAAUUGCAGUGUGGGGCUGUGGACAUUGUUUUCACGUCACGUGUCUCAAAAUGGCCGAAAAUGAUACGGCGUGUCCGCAGUGUCGGAUUAAGGCGAGUCAAAUCCCGGUUAAUCAGCCGGUAAAGAAGUAUACUGUCGAAACGAAGCUACACGCAAGGCCUGAUCUAGAAGGCCACUUUUAAGUACUAGUCUUAUUUAGGAUUUUAUAGUUUCAAUCACUAGAAAAUUUCUUUUACUACCUGCAAUUAUAACGCUGUAUAAAUUUGUGAUAUUUAUAUUUUUAUUAUUUGUACAAAUAAAAUAUAUACAUGUUAUAAUUAUUUUUCUAAAAACGU